UGUUGUUGGGGCUGUAAGGUGUAUUAUGCGAGUUGGGGAGUGUUGAUAAUAUAUGUUGUUAGUUAGAAAUGUGGGGACUGCUGGAGUUUCUCGAUAACAGAUGUGAGGAAGGGAAGGCGUCCUAAGGCUGUUGAUAGGAGCACGUUAGGUUAGGCUGCCUGAAGGAGGACCAGCAUUCCCCGUGGAGGUAGUGGUCGUCAGGAGGGCUGUGGUGAAGUGGAUGUGCAAAAGUGGUGGAGGAGGCGACGUGUGGCCAUUCUGGGGAGGUUAUGUGGACGUGGUGGCGUGGUGUUGCAUUGUGGGAGGUGUGGAGGGAGUGUACUGUGGGGAGGUGUGUGUGGUGAUGCAGUGCCACUGGUGUUGCGUGUGGUGUGUGGUGAGUGAGGUGAUGCAGUGCCAGUGGUGUUGCGUGUGGCGUGUUGUGAGUGAGGUGUUGUGUGUGUGGUGUUGUGAGUGAGGUGUUGUGUGUGGUGUUGUGAGUGAGGUGUUGUGUGGUGUUGUGAGUGAGGUGUUGUGUGUGUGGUGUUGCGAGUGAGGUGUUGUGUGUGUGGUGUUGUGAGUGAGGUGUUGUGUGGUGUGUUGUGAGUGAGGUGUUGCAUGUGUGGUGUGGUGAGUGAGGUGUUGUGUGGUGUGUUGUGAGUGAGGUGUUGCAUGUGUGGUGUUGUGAGUGAGGUGUUGUGUGUGUGGUGUUGUGAGUGAGGUGUUGUGUGGUGUUGUGAGUGAGGUGUUGUGUGGUGUGUGAGUGAGGUGUUGUGUGGUGUGUUGUGAGUGAGGUGUUGCAUGUGUGGUGUUGUGAGUGAGGUGUUGUGUGUGUGGUGUUGUGAGUGAGGUGUUGUGUGGUGUUGUGAGUGAGGUGUUGUGUGGUGUGUGAGUGAGGUGUUGUGUGGUGUGUUGUGAGUGAGGUGUUGCAUGCGUCUCAUGGUGUGUAGUAUUGUCAAGAUUAAUUUACACAAGAAUUGAAUUAUAAGUUGUGCAGAGUUAUGUCUCAGGCUGUGUACCAAGAAAGGCAAAUUAGGAUUCAACUUGUGUAUUGUAAGGCAGGUUUUAUUGAGCCUGACAGGAGAGUCUGAGGAGCGAAGUAAUUUAUUUUUGUGUUUUCAGGUGUCAGUAAGGUGAGGCUGGCAGUGCUGGUGGGCAGUCUUACAUUAAGAGCGUUGGCUGACUCCAGCCCACUACAGGUUUGGCAGCAGAGGAUGAUGUGUUCUUCCAUGUCCUGUUGGCUGAUGCUGACAGAAACCUGCUUGGGUCCUGUGUGUGGGUGUCAUGGAGGAAGCAAAGUUUGUGAAGGAGGAGGUUAAGGUGGAAAAGUUGAUUGAUAUUGAUGCUGCAUCUGUGAAGGUGGAUGUUCAGGGUGUGCACAUCCCCACUGCCUCCUGUGAGUGCUGUGAAUGUUGACAGUGAGUCAGCAAGUGCUGUGGCUGGGUCUUGUCAGAGUGCGAAUAGGAACACACAGCCUCAGACCCGACCCUGGCUUGGUCCGCCCACGGCCUACUAUUGAUAGACACUCGGGUCAGCUAAGGAAACCCAGUGACCCGGACGAGUGGCCGAGUGCACAUAACACAGGCGGGAUUCCAGGGACCAGAAGCUGUGGCAUGCCUCUUUGGGUUUGUGGUCAGGCCUGCACCCACGAGGGUGUGACGGUGGUGUGGAUGCAGCGUCCGAGUUAUCUGAGUGUGCAGCGUGUCAGACUGUUGCUCCAACAGGGAAAUUAAUGGUGAAGGGUAUUAAUUUAGCUAAAUAAUACCAGUCCACUGUGAUGAGUGGAUGAAACAGUGAGGAUCCGGGUUGAACAGCUCCACCGUCCUGGGGCAAACUAAUAUCAAUCCACUCAGUAGGCAGGGAGUUAGUCACAUUCAAGAAGUGGUUGGAUAUAUACCCACUCUCUCAUUCCACUCCAGCCAGCUGCCGGUGUGCAUCAGCACUCCUCCUCAAGCCACCACCAUCCUUGGGGACAUUCUGCCCAAACUCAGGCUAAUCACUCUGUCUAGUUGCAGGCAUCCCCCUUUUUUUUAUUUUGAAUUUAUUUAUUUAUUUUUUUUUAUCACCAAAAAUUGAAGGAUAAGUGUGUUGAAGCCUCCCUCUUGAAGGAAUUCAAGUCACAGGAAGGUACAAAUACAGAAGCUGGCAGUGAGUUCCAGAGUUUACCAGAGAAAGGGAUGAAUGAUUGAGAAUACUGGUUAACUCUUGCAUUAGAGAGGUGGACAGAAUAGGGGUGAGAGAAAGAAGAAAGUCUUAUGCAGCGAGGCCACGGGAGGAGGGGAGGCAUGCAGUUAGCAAGACUAGAAUACCAGUUAGCAUGAAAAUAGUGGUAGAAGACAGCUAGAGAUGCAACAUUGCGCCAAUGUUGCAUCUGACUGACUGAAGACAGUCAUUUAGAGGAGAGGAGUUGAUGAGACGAAAAGCUUUUGAUUCCACCCUGUCUAGAACAGCAGUAUGAGUGGAACCCCCCCCCAGACGUGUGAAGCAUACUCCAUACAUGGACGGAUAAGGCCCCUGUACAGAGUUAGCAGGGGGGGAUGAGAAAAACUGGCGGAGACGUCUCAGAACGCCAAACUUCAUAGAAGCUGUUUUAGCUAGAGAUGAGAUGUGAAGUUUCCAGUUCAGAUUAUAAGUAAAGGACAGACCGAGGAUGUUCAGUGUAGAAGAGGGGGACAGUUGAGUGUCAUUGAAGAAGGGGGGAUAGUUGUCUGGAAGGUUGUGUUGAGUUGAUAGAUGGAGGAAUUGAGUUUUUGAGGCAUUGAAGAAUACUAAGUUUGCUCUGCCCCAAUCACAAAUUUUAGAGAGAUCAGAAGUCAAGCGUUCUGUGGCUUCCCUGCGUGAACUGUUGACUUCCUGAAGGGUUGGACGUCUACGAAAAGAUGGAAAAGUGCAGGGUGGUAUCAUCAGUGUAGGAGUGGAUGGGACAAGAAGUUUGGUUUAGAAGAUCAUUAAUUAAUAAUAAGAAGAGAGUGGGUGACAGGACAGAAUCCUGAGGAACACCACUGUUAAUAGAUUUAGGAGAAGAACAGUGACCGUCUACCACAGCAGCAAUAGAACAGUCAGAAAGGAAACUUGAGAUUAAGUUACAGAGAGAAGGAUAGAAGCUGUAGGAGGGUAGUUUGGAAAUGAAAGCUUUGUGCCAGACUCUAUCAAAAGCUUUUGAUAUGUCCAAGGCAACAGCAAAAGUUUCACCAAAACCUCUUUUAGAGACUUUGGUGAAACUCAGUAAGAAAAGCCAGAAGAUCACCAGUAGAGCGGCCUUGACGGAACCCAUACUGGCGAUCAGAUAGAAGGUUGUGAAGUGAUAGAUGUUUAAGAAUCUUCCUGUUGAGGAUACAUUCACAAAAAGGCCUGUGUGCUGACAGGUACUCAGCUCCUGUGUGUCCACCUAACCAAAGAUAAAUUCCAUAAGCUGGCCUCAGCCGGUGUAUGCUAGGUUGUCAAACUGGUCCUUCAAACCAAAUCCUCCCUGGUGACUCAGCCUGUGCCGUCCGUGUCUAUCUAGUGUCUGCGUGUCACUAACGCGCCACAGAAAACGCCAAACACUCACCAACAGCCCCGAGUGACAUCCGGCAGCGGUGCAGUGGUCUUGGGGCCUCACGACAUAACAACAACAUCCCUAAUAAUAUUCAGACUUGUUGCACCACCCACUAAAGUAAAUAAUGGAGCAUAUAAAGAAAGUGAGGAGAAUGAGGGCGGCGCUGAAGGCAAGUAUCACCACGGCCACCAAGGACCUGGAAACACUGGUUGGUGCCGCUAACACGCGUGGCAGGAGGCAAAUCAACCGCCAUCACAACCAUCCCAAACAAAACCAACAAUAAUAAUGAAAAAAAUCACUGAACAGAUGGACCACACCAGCUUACAAGAGGCAAAGGCAGAGGAUCACGUGAAUGAAGAAGUGAAUUUGAUCUUCUCUAAAUUGAAGGUCACUCAGACAACACCAACACAGGAAAACAAGGAAACCCUCCCCACAGUGCCCAAGCUUAACCUGGCCUCCUUUAAUGGCAAUCUGACCAGGUGUGUUGAGUUGUGGGACAUAAAUAACACUCCAUUCAUCAAAACAAAGAGUUGACACCUCUCCUGAAGCUCACCUACCUGAAGGGGCAGCUGAGGCAGAGGCAGCACAAUUGAUAUCAGCCUUCAAACUUGAGGCCCCACACUCUGGAGCAGCCAUCCAUGUACAUUAGUCGAGGACAGUUGCGGCAGGGGAGACGGGCUCAGGUGCGUCCCGGUCACCGAACUGGCCAGUCUGCAGAAGCCUAACCAUGAUGUCGGUAGCCUCCAGCAGUUCGUAGCAAGAUGGGAAAGCCUGUACAAAUCACUGCCUGCACACAAGAUCAGGAGGGAAGAAGUGUGCUCCACAUUCCUCAUAGAUUACCUUCCACUCCAUAAAAGGGAAAACAACAAGGUACUCAAGGAAAAUGUACUGAACGUUGAGGAAGCUUUGGAUUGUUUGAGGAAUGAAAUGUUUACCGCAGAAAAUAAUCCACCCAUUGCUGAGAAGGAGGCAGGACACCAUGCAGUAGACGGCUUUAAUGUUGGGCAAAACAGGGAAGAAAAGCCUAAGACUCAGUGUAAACUUUGCCAGAAACAAAGUCAUCCAUGGUUUAAAUGCCAACAAUACCCAGAGCCUGACUCAAGGCUAAGAAGAGCUCAGCAACUAAGGCUGUGCAAUACACGUCUACAACCUGGUCACGGCACAGAAGGCUGCACAAACACCACCACUAAAAACUGCAAGUUCUGUGAGGAAAGGCAGUACCAUGCCCUCUGUGUUAACCUAAGGCAACAAACAACACAGACUGAGGCUGCACCGGGGGAAACGACAACAUUGACCCUAACGGCUCCCUAACAACUCCCAAGGACAGAACCGUCUUACCAACCUUACUUUAUGUUGCCACAGGACACGGAGGUGGGACCACUAAAUUGAGGCCCUUGAUGGAUCAGUGCUCACACAAAACAUUCAUCCUACUGUCUUCAUCAGCCUAAUUAAGCACAAACUGAUAGACAAGGAAACAACCUUAAAGGUCCAGUGAUUUAUUUACUGGAAGCAAAACCAGUCACCAAUAUGACAUAGCUUCUGUAUCCUUGAAAUAUGAUGGAAAAGAACUCUCCCUGAGGGCAGUGGUGGUGACGGAGAGGCCUCAACAGACGACCCACGAAGGACCGGGAAGGGACGUGGUUCAGUCAGAACACAAAGGCUGCGUGCCUGCCAACCCAUUCAUGAAUGAUGGUGACAUCCCUCUCCUGAUGGGGGCUGAUCAUUAUUAUGAGUUAGUCCACCCUGGAUAUGAGAGGGCAGGCUCAAUAAUGGUGGUGCCUACAGUUUGUGGUUUUGGCCUGAGUGGCACCUACAAGAACAGAGUUGAUAACAGUGGCCAGGUGGAAGUCAUUUCAGUGCUCAGAGUAGCAGUCAGUCCAGUGGAGGAGAAAAUGAGUGACCCAGAUUAGCAGCCUCAUAAGGAAGAUGUGAACAAACUGUGUGAACUAGACCGUGACACUGGAAUACUACCACGGCAAGUAACCAAGAAACCAAAGCCUCGUGCAACAGUCUGAGAAGUCCAUCACUCAUGAUCAACAAAGCAGUCAGUAUAAUGUCUGUCUGCCCUGGAAGGAUAACAAGGCCAAACUACCAAGUCAUUUCAAAUUAGCACCGGGUAAUUUAAGGAGCCUUCAGCACGCAUUCAUUAAAACCCAGAAUAUUGCAAUCAGCACUCCAGGGUAACCACUCACCAGACAGACACAGGCUGAGUGGAGAGAGUGGACUUGUGUCAACACGCCCACCGUGAUUUAUUCAUCUUUCGCUUGAAUUGUCACCCUAACCACUCCACUCAGAACUGUGUACGACUGUUGAGGAAAGUAGUCCCGUGGUUCCCUAAGCCUCACUGACUGCUUAUUAACAGGUCCAGGUGCAGUGCCUGACUUGGCUCGGGCACUGCUGAGGUUCAUGCACGAAAGUGCACAUUCACGUCACACGUGCACAAGGCAUUCCUGACGGUGGGACUCAGUGAGAAGGAUGGAGACCGCACCAGAUUCCUGCGGCCGAGAGAUCCAUUGAAUCUUAAUUCCCCGCUGGACGUCUUUAGGUUCAAGGCAGUUGUGUCUGGAGCCACGACUUCACAGCACCCGCUCGGUGCCACCGCUUACCAUCAAGAACGGGAGGACGCUGUUGAGGACUUGAGACAUGGACUAUAUAUUGAUGAGCUGCAGGGGACACAGUUCAGUGGAAGAACUGUCCUGAUAGAUCCUGAUAGAAUAACAACAAUACUAUACUUCAGUCUGGUGUCAGGGCUACUUGAUCCACCAGGCUUGUUACUCCUUGUGAUGGUCUAGUCAAGAAUAUUUUUACCAAGCCCAUGGAAACUGAAAGCAUUGUGGGACCAAACCCUACAUAAUGAACUCUGUGAUCAUUGGCAUCCACUGGACCGUGAACUCAGAGCAGCAAGCAGAACAGAAAUGCCCCGGACAACCCCAACACAGCAGGGAGCACGGGAGGGACUUGCACGUGUUUGGUGAUGCCAGCAGUGAGGCACAUGCAGCUUGUGCUUGCCUUUGUAACAGUGGGCAAGGGAGUCUGAUAAUAAGUAAAGCAAAGGUUGUCUUACUAAAAAAGCCUGACUAAGAAAACAACAAUGGAAAAGGACUUAAGAAGAACUGUAUCUGGUAAUUUAUCACCAGAGUAACACAAAUAGGAUUGUGGGUGAAACUUACAGCCUUCUGGGGAACAGAAAAGUAGCAUUCAGGUAUCAAGAUGAGGAAAUGAUGAACAAGCUGAUGGUAGCUAUGAUAUGUCCAAGGUUGGAAUAUGCAGCAGUAGUGUGGCCUGGCCACCAAGUACAAAAAUGAAUGUAAAGAAAUUGGAGAGGAUUCAGAGAUCAGCAGCAAAUUUUGUUCCAAGUCUUCAAGACAUCAUAGGAAGAGAGAUUGAGAAGGUUGAAUGUACAGACGCUGGAGAGGGAGAGAGGAGACCUGAUUGUAGUGUGUAGGCUGAUGAAUGGAUUAGAAAAAGUGGACCAGCAGGAUUGGAUGAUAAUGUGGGAUGUAAGACACUCAAGAGGAUAGGGAGGGAGGUUGAAAAAGGCCACCUGUGAAAGGAAUAUUAGACAUGGAAUGGCCUGGAGAGAGAUGUGGUUCAUGCAAGAUUCAGAUGACUUCAAGGUCAAGCUGAACAAUACUAGAUGUAGAGACGGGACAGCACCAGCGUAGCUCCCCUACCUGUACACCACCACUACACACACACACACACACACACACACACACACACACACACACACACACACACACACACACACACACACACACACACACACACACACACACACACACACACACACACACACACACACACACACACCUAAUGGAUUUUGGCUGUUAGCAAAAAAAUUAAAUGCAUUACUCUGGUGUGCAUGUUCCACGUGAUCCGACAGUCUUGUUUCCCAGCAACAGACAAAAUGUGCAUCAUUGCCUCCAGGCAACACAUGGCAACCAGCAAAUGUGUCUGGGUUACUAGGUAAUAGUUAUGUUCCUGAUUAUAUACAUGAAAACUUUGCAUAAUCAGGGUUAGCAGAAAUAUCUGCUUGAAAACUUGCUGGUGGUAACAGAGUUUGUGGAACAGAAUGUACAGUGUCCCACUCAGCGCCACCACAACCACAAGGGCCGAGGUCACCGCUCACGGCAGAGGCCGUGCCGUGACCCAAGCUUGACUGCUCGUGACAGAAAACAUUUUAAUUUUCACCGACACUGCUGGCAACUAAAUUUUGCACUUGACUGUUGUCAGUCUCAGAGAAAGGGAACACGCAGGCUGAAAGAAAACAUCAAACAGCAAAGAACAACCAAACAAAAACAAGCAUAAAUUAUUAACAGAUACACCAGACAUGUCGCCAGUUAAACCUUCUCUCUCUCUCUCUCUCUCUCUCUCUCUCUCUCUCUCUCUCUCUCUCUCUCUCUCUCUCUCUCUCUCUCUCUCUCUCUCUCUCUCUCUCUCUCUCUCUCUCUCUCUCUCUCUGCAGCAUCAUGUGUUAUCAGGUUGGGGAGGAGAAAGUUAAUAUUUUUGUUUAUCAAAUCACUUUAUUUGUGAUGUAAUGUUUACCUUUCCUUCUCCUGAGCACGACAUUUACCUUGGAAAGCUUCAAGCAGGGGUUGUGGGUGGGCAGACGCACUGAAGAGUGCACCCCUAGUCCUGCCAUAUACAGCUGUGCCACACCACAUGACACACACACACACACACACACACACACACACACACACACACACACACACACACACACACACACACACACACACACACACACACACACACACACACACACACACACACACAUGUCCACCUUUAAGGGAGUGUAAUUAAUAUACCCUCAAAUGUUGAUCUAAUCACUCCACCUUUACAUUUCAAAAACUGAUUUGUCACACUUAUGGCAAACAUUCCCUUAAUAAAAUGACACCACCAAUUGCCAAGUGUGGUAUAACUUGCUUGUCAUUAUUGUGCAGAUGUUGGUUUUGUUGAGUGGCUUCUCAUAUUCAUUACUCUUGGCUCUGCAGGCAGUGCCACUCUCCCAGGCUUGCACUUCCUGUGGCACGACACGUCAGUCACGCAUUUAGCUGACGCCUCCACGUCUGUUCUGCCGUGCCACACCGUGCAGAUGGUGGUGCCCCGAGGAGAAGGUGUGGCAGGUGCUGGGGUGGUGGCGUGCCGCCGUGCAGGACAGGCAGCACGUUCACUGCAAUACUAGUGGCACAUUAACAACAUUUGUACAUUAUCAACAGGAUACUUCCUUAGGGUUAAUGCUUACUUAAGAUGUAAUGUGUAAUGUGCACCGCCUCUCUCUGCCUCCCUGACACCUCACCUGUUUGGCCAAACGGUUUAGGGUGCUGGGUGGAGACUCGGCUCAGAGACGUGAGGUGUGCUGGCAGCGCAGACUAUGGAGUUCCUCAAGGCAGUAUUCUGUCCCAUACUCUUUCUUACUGAUACAAAUUAUUUACCCCAUACACUCACAGGUCUUAAGGUGAUGCUCUGUGCUGGUGAUGCAGCACUGUACAUCAGUGGGGAGGACCCUGAUAACCUUGUACAAGCAGCAGAUUUAACCCAUACACUCACGGGUCUUAGAGUGAUGCUUUGUGCUGGUGAUGCAGCACUGUACAUCAGUGGGGAAGACCCUGAUAACCUUGUACAGGCAGCAAAUUUAACCCAUACACUCACAGGUCUUAAGGUGAUGCUUUGUGCUGGUGAUGCAGCACUGUACAUCAGUGGGGAGGGCCCUGAUAACCUUGUACAGGCAGCAAAUCCAGACCUGGAGAUCCUUCAGAAAUGGUGAUGAAGUAAGAGGUUAUCAGGCGGUGCAACUCCCAUUGAACCUGGCUUGCACUUCCUCCAGCAUGACGCGUCAGUCGUGCACUUGGCCAACGCCUCCACGUCUGUUCUGCUGCGCCACACAGCACCAGAUGGUGGCGCCCCAAGGAGAAAGUGUGGCAUGUGCUGGCGUGGCGGUGUGCUGCUGUGCAGGACAGGCAGCACCUUCGCUGCAGCACAAGUGGCAGAUUAACCCUUGCACACACCAGUUGUGUCAUUCCUGAAAGGGGACAGAGCUCAUCUUCUGGGAAGCUGGACAUCACGUUGCACGGCAGAGGGAGACGGUGUUGUACGGGAGUGUCUUGCUGUUUGUGAGGGCAGUGUCCCCUAGAACACUAUAAUCCUUGUGUGUGUUUGUCCUUUGCUGAAACUGACUCUCCCUAGAAUGUGGCUGGCGAUUCUUUCCCACCUGUUGGAAUUUGUUAUUGUUAUUGUUGUAAUAUUUCCCUGUCUGUGGCUGGGAGAAACAGACUGGUGACCUUGUGUGUGUGAACCUGGUGUUGUGACCAUCUGGUAAAGGAAGCAAGAGUCUAAAGAGGACCUUGUAACCCAUCUGGAGCCCUUCACCUGUCACAUAGGUGGUGACUUGGGGGAAGCUUGUCCAUCUGAGGCAGCUGUGGGAAGCCCAUGGAUUUGUGGUCGUAACAAAAUAAAAAGUAAAAAUAAGUAAAUAGAAAUAAAUAAUAGCAGAAUACAAGGAUUAAAAUAUAUUAGUAUAAGGUGCUGAAAAA